AUGAACCUCAACUUCGCGCCGCCCGUGCACCCGGCGCCGCGUCCCACCUCCUUCUUCAUCGAGGACAUCCUGCUGCACAAGCCCAAGCCCCUGCGGGAGGUGCCCGCCGAGCCCUUCGGCGCCUCGCUGGCCUCCCGGGUGCCGCUCCUGGACUAUGGCUACCCCCUGGUGCCCGCGCCCACCCUCCUGGCCCCGCACCCGCACCCCGCGCUGCACAAGCCGGAGCACCCGCACCCCUAUUUCCUCACCGCCUCGGGGGUGCCCGUGCCCGCGCUGUUCCCGCACCCCGCGCACGCCGAGCUGCCCGGCAAGCACUGCCGCCGCCGCAAGGCCCGCACCGUCUUCUCCGACUCGCAGCUCUCCGGCCUCGAGAAGCGCUUUGAGAUGCAGCGCUACCUCUCCACGCCCGAGCGCGUGGAGCUGGCCACGGCGCUCAGCCUCUCCGAGACGCAGGUGAAAACCUGGUUCCAGAACCGGCGCAUGAAGCACAAAAAGCAGCUGAGGAAGAGCCAGGAGGAGCCGAAGGCGGCGGGCGGCGAGGAGAGCGGCGGGCAGAGCUCCCCGGAGCCCGAGCUGCCCGAGGGGGCGGCCGAGCCCCGCCAGGGCCCCCCCGGCGCCUUCCUGCUGCAGGAGCCCGAGGACGAGGUGGACGUGCUGGAGGAGGGGGACGGGGGCAGCGGCYCCCACCGCCUCUAG